AUGCGCUGGCUGGGAUUGCGCUCUCGGGGUUGCUGUCUGGCCGCCGCCGCCGCGCUGGUGCUGCUGCUGCUGCUGGGAGCUCGCCAGCCGGCCACGGCCGCUGCCUAUGAAUCCGGGCAGGGCUACGACGAGGAGGAGCCCGAGCUGGGGGAGGCCAAGCAGGCUCAUGCAAGCAAAGAGCUGGAAGAACAAUUGCGAUCUGUAUCCAGUGUGGAUGAACUCAUGACAGUUCUUUAUCCAGAAUACUGGAAAAUGUUCAAAUGUCAGUUGAGAAAAGGGAGCUGGCAACAUAGUAGGGAACAAUCCAGCUUCGAUGCAAGAUCAGAAGAUUCGAAUCCAAUAAAAUUUGCUGCAGCACACUAUAAUGCAGAGAUCUUGAAAAGUAUUGAUAAUGAGUGGAGAAAAACUCAAUGCAUGCCACGUGAGGUAUGUGUAGAUGUGGGGAAAGAAUUUGGAGCAACAACAAACACCUUCUUUAAACCUCCAUGUGUGUCCAUCUACAGAUGUGGAGGUUGCUGCAAUAGCGAGGGCCUGCAGUGUAUGAAUAUCAGCACAAGCUACAUCAGCAAAACGUUGUUUGAAAUAACCGUGCCGCUGUCUCAUGGUCCAAAACCUGUAACAAUCAGUUUUGCCAAUCAUACAUCCUGCCGAUGCAUGUCCAAACUGGAUGUCUACAGACAAGUUCAUUCCAUCAUUAGGCGCUCCUUGCCCCUGACACAACCUCAGUGUCAUGUGGCAAACAAAACUUGUCCAAAAAGCUAUAUCUGGAAUAACCACAUUUGCAGAUGUCUGGCACAACAUGACUUCAGUUUUUCUUCCUACCUUGGGGAUACGGACUCUGCUGAAGGAUUCCAUGAUAUCUGUGGACCUAAUAAAGAGCUUGAUGAAGAAACGUGUCAGUGUGUCUGCAAAGGGGGAGUGAGACCUUCCAGCUGUGGAACCCACAAAGAAUUAGACAGAACAUCCUGCCAGUGCACAUGUAAAAAUAAACUGCUGCCUAGCUCAUGUGGACCCAACAAAGAUUUUGACGAAGAAAGAUGUCACUGUGCAUGUAAAAAAACAUGUCCUAAACAUCAGCCACUAAAUCCUGCAAAGUGUAUCUGUGAAUGUGUAGAAUCUCCUAACAGAUGCUUCUUGAAAGGAAAAAGAUUUCAUCAGCAAACAUGCAGUUGCUACAGACCACCAUGUACAGUCCGAACGAAACGCUGUGAGGCUGGAUUUUAUUACAGUGAAGAGGUGUGCCGUUGUGUCCCCAUAUAUUGGAAAAGACCACUUAUCAAUUAGCGAAGAAACCAUCGCCUAGUAUUUUGGUGUACAUUUUCCUG